CAGUCUCGAUCGUGAAUGGUCAGUGCCGUCGGUCUCGACUACGAGAUGUCAAGGCGCUCUAUCUGAGUCUUAGCUGGACAUACUGCAAACCGCAUAGUCAUGUAGCGAUCACCAUGAUCGCUACGUCAUUUCGCGGUUUGCAGUAUGUCGCCUCCCGAGCGGUGCUCCCAACCGGUAUCCAGCUCGGAUUUCUCGAAAUGCGCAGGGCCGUCAGGAGCCAGUGACCGGCGAUAUACCUCCGGUUACAUGCAUGAUUUGUAUAAAGAAGGCCCUCGGCGUUGGAAGACUUUGAGAACAAGGGCUCGCAGCCCUCUCGCACCACAUAUUCGACCUAGCUCAGCAUCAUCCCAGCAACGCAAAGCCGAUGGGGUUCAUAGUCGUCCACACUGAUAGGAAAUGGUUCAUAAUGUUUUCUGCGGGGAUCUUAGCUUCUCUCAUCUGCAUCGCCUAUCAACUCUGCAAACUUGUCACGCUCACAGGGAAACUCCUGGAACAAC